UGGCAAAACAAACUUGCUGGCAUCUGCUCCAAGUAUGGCGUAUCUACACCACAGUUUAGCAUAUUCUCAGAUAAACGAGGUCAACGUACUGCUUGGACCAGCUUCGUGAUUAUUGCCAACUGCUCUUUUCCGGCGCGCUUCUGGUAUGACGGCAAAUUUCUCAAUAAUGCCAGGGAGGAUGCAGCCGAAGUAGCG